AAAAAAAGAAGAACAUUUUUUUUCUUAGAUAAUAUCUUAUAUUAGCUAGUCAAAUAUUUGAUAUCGCGAGUUGUUUUUAAUUCGUUUCGUUAUUUUUAUUUGUGUAUUUUCACCUGGAUAUAAGAUGGCGGUUUAUAUCGUGUAUUUACUCUUGUUCGUACUUGGGGUGAUAAGUUGUCAAGAUCCUUUGGCAGAUAUACCCAAAGCCAACUUAAAAACAUUUAACAAGACUAACCCAAACAUUGUGCUAAAAACACCCUUUUUCCCUGGAACCUACCCAGUCAGCAAGACAUAUGGAUGGCUUAUUGAAUCUCCAGAAGCAGCGGCUGACAUAACGAUACGGUUCAAAUAUUUUGACCUCGAAAGCAGCAAACGAUGCGUAAAAUAUGAUUACGUCAUGCUGUACAAGCAAGAUAAUGGCCAAUCAAAUUGGGACAAGGCUGGUUACACUGAAGGUUACUGUGGAAAACUUGAUCCAUUUGACGUGACAGCUGAAACCAAACGUGUUUUGAUCAAGUUUGUUUCUGACUCCUCCAGAACAUUUUCUGGUUUCAAUGCAACUUUCGAAAUUAAAAUCACACAAAAACCACCGCAUGUUACAUGUUUGAGUAAACUCGGUGACGAUACAUGCAAUCGAACUGUAAAAUCAGAAGAACGGGCAACAAUCACAAUACAAUGUCGGACUCUUGCAAUCCCACCAGCAACUUUUAAAUGGCAGAAAGUGAUCAACAAGACCCAUGGUGUGGAUUUGCGAAGCGAAAUGGUUAAAAACACCUUUCCUAAUGGUUCAAUACAACUUCAAAAUUUGAAUGCCUCCGAUGAGGGUUGGUAUCGAUGCAUUGCUAAAAACAAACAUGAUACGACAAGUGAUGAUUUUCAAUUGUUAGUAGCAGAAAAAUGCUUAUGUCCACAAAAGCUUCGAGCAAGUUGGUAUGACUUCCCACCCUAUACUAAAUAUCUAACUUCAGACGGGAGUAACAAAAAAAUUGAUAAGGGAGUCUUUUAUGCGAUUAUGACGAAAAUGGUAGCUGCUGUUUGUGGGAACUGUACUAAGGGUCAUGGUCCUACAGAUAUUAUUUGGGAUGACUCGUAUAAUAAGAAGAAAGACAGAGGACUUAGUGAUGUAAAAUCAGAGAUUGAAAACAACAUGUUUGACAUUUAUUUUCCUAUCGAGGGUCUUAAAACUGACAAUAAAUACAGAAACGUAUUUUACUUUUUACCGAUUGUGGAUUCUCCUGGUGUUGCGUUUUUGGUUAUCGGCAGCGAAGAAGGUGCAUCUGCUAUGGCAAUCUUUGACUCUAUUUUAACUGGUUGGCCGAUUCUAGUACUGACUAUCGUAAUGGCAAUCUUAGCUGGAAUAAUUAUGUGGAUGUUGGAUACCUAUUGGAACGAGGAACAAUUUCCGCGAACAUUUUCUGACGGAAUUGUUGAAGGAUUUUGGUGGGCAUUUGUUACCAUGACAACAGUUGGAUAUGGAGAUAUUGCACCAGUUGGUGUACCUGGCCGCCUAUUUGCUGUUAUUUGGAUUUUAACUGGUUUGGUUAUAAUUGCUAUUUUUACCGGUGUUAUAACAACAUCUUUGACUGUGACUGCCUUGUCAACAAAUGUUAAAUUGUACGGGACAUCGGUUGGCGCAAUCAAUAACACUGCUGAGUACAGGAUGGGGGUGAUAAAAAACGCUGAAAUGACAAAUUAUUCCAACUAUGAUGAAAUGAGGGCCAGUAUGAAUGCAAGAAAAGUUGAAGGCUGUCUGAUUGAUUCGUACGUUGCUGCGUACCACAAAGAUUUGUUCAAGAAGUUUCGCGUCAACAACAUUAUAUCAGCUAAUAAAGCCUACGGGGUUGUUCUUGGAAAGGAGUUAUCAAAGAAAUAUAUUUACGAUGCGUUCGCCGAGUAUCUGGAGAAAAACAAGGCUGAGAUUGUUGCAGAUAUAGAAAAUAAUGUUGAUACCCUGGAGGAACCGAAAGGCAGCGCAGCCGAGGAAGCAUCUGCAGAUUUAUUUGAUCCGAAGAGUACAUUGUUUGUGCGUUCUAUGAUUGGCUCAGGUGUAAUGUUGCUUAUAAUGACAGUUGGUGGUUUACUGUUUGAGUAUGGCUAUCUAAGACCAAGACAUCGAAUGAUUGAAGCAGCCAAAAAUCUUGAAAUGGUGGAAUCAACCGAAGUUAAGGAGAUGGCCCUACGUGCAAAGAUGUUGAAGGAUACGUUACUGAUGGAAGUGGAAGGGUUUUAUGAUCGUUGGGCUGAAAAACUGAACAACUUAACCCGAAAACACAAAGCAGAGCAGAAAAAGCUUAUGACAAAAGGUACAUCCACCGGCCCACCACCUGCUGCUUGGCAGCACCCGCAAGUCGAAGAAGCAGUUGAACUCGAUGGUUCUGAUGGUUUAGACAAAAGACCAUCUACCAGCGGCUCGGUAGCAUCAUCAUCAGGAAGUUCAAGUGGAAAAUCACACCGAUCCACAGCCUCCCUCGUGGACAAUAAUGAUGAAGAAAAGAAAGAAACCGGUGGUUUGUAAAGAAUGUGGUUUGAAAGUAAUUUCGCAAAGAAAAAAAGCCGUAAGAUACAAUUUUAUUUAAACAUUUCAUACAUUGUUAUAAUCCAGAUAUAGUUUGGUCACAUUUGAUGACAAUUUGACAACAAUAAUUGGAUGGUGUAUCUUAUUUACCAUGUAAAUAGCAAUAAUCUUAGUUUUUUUUAUGCACGCAAGAAGUUGCUCAGUGGAACACUUUCGAGAUGUUUUGAAGCACUAUCGAGUUGUUCAAAGGAGCAUUUCCGCGUUGUUAUGCAGGCAAAAUUUUGAUUUGUUAUGCAGAGUAUUUGACCACUUUGCUUUAAAGAUAGGACUCUCUCGAAGGUUUUUAUAUAUAAUUUGUUAUUAUGACUAGAAUAGCACUUUUUUGAACAAGUUAUAUAUUAUUGUAUAUAAUGCAUUGCAAUUUAUUAGUAAUAAAUACAACACGCAUACAGCAAAA